CGCUGUCUCAAGUGGUUGGUAUUAGGUAAGUCGUGGUAGGUACGAUGGGCUUAGCUUUCCAUGUCCUUCCCAAAUCAUAGUUUUCUCAUAGCAGAGCAGAGUAGCCUUAUGAACACAAACUCUCUAUUUUCUUUUUAAUUUCCUGAAAGAAACUUGAAUUAUAAUUAUACAGAAAUCAAUGGCAACUUACUCAAUAGUGAUGGAUAGCAUAGAGGGGUAUACGGGCCUAUCACCAGCAGCCUUCUUCACAAUAGCAGCUCUAAUGGUGGUGGUUUACAAAAUGGUGUGCAGCAUGUUUGUAGACCCAGAAGAGUUACAUAAUCAUAAGCUAAGCAACAAUCAUAUUAAUGAUCAAACAACACCUAGAAUCUUAGAACCAGUUCAGUUAGGAGAUUAUGUUACAGAGCAAGAAUUAAGAGCUUAUGAUGGUUCUGAUCCUAGUAAGCCACUUUUAAUGGCUAUUAAAGGUCAGAUCUAUGAUGUCUCUUCCUCCAGGAUGUUUUAUGGUCCCGGUGGACCGUACGCGAAGUUUGCUGGAAGGGAUGCAAGCAGGGCUUUAGCUCUUCUGUCUUUUGACCCUAAAGACCUAACAGGGAAUCUUGAGGGUCUGAGUGAAUCUGAGCUUGAAGUUUUACAGGAUUGGGAAUAUAAAUUCAUGGAGAAGUAUGUCAAGGUUGGGCAGCUUGUUUCUGAACAUACGAGGACUGAGGAAACAGAUGCUGGAGAAAAAGUUGAAGAAAACCAGAAACAUGAAACAAAUGGAGAAGAAUAAAAGCAGACAUUUCUAAGCAUACCUUUCUCCAGUGGAAACAAAUGCAGUACGUAUACAUGUAUUAUAAUCGAAUCUAGUUCUUGUAUGCAUAUUUUAAGAUACAAUGGUUAGUGACAGUCUUUUGUUUUAAGAUAAGGCUCUUCUAUUUGUUGAGGUUGAUAUUAUCUCUUGUAAGGCUAUAGAAUACGGGAAUACGCUUCUGCUUUUCUCCAUGAAUAAUUUGAAGAAUAUGAAGCAAAUUUGCUCUUGUUUAGAAUAGAUAGGUAACAUUUUCUUUGACAUGAAUCCAUAAGGUGCUAAUCUAUUGUAACAGCAGCAAUCUCAAUGAAUAAUCGAGAGACUAUUGGAGUCA